CCCCGGCAUCCGCAAGCCCCAAACGUCUCUGCAUCCGCAAUCGCCCCAAUCAGACCUUGCCUCCCUAUCAUAGCAAACCAGCAGGUGCACCUGUCGGUUGGAAAUUAAGCUUAACCAACCCUUUGCUCUAGGUCUCGGGUCCCCUCCCUAGACAGUAGACAGACACUAGGCAAGUCGGCAUUGGUUAUCUUCAACCCGCUGAAUGGGUACUUUUGCAUCAACAUCAUACGGUACGGGGUACAUCCCCCCAUACUCACAUACUCACAAACAUACAUCCGUGCAUGCAUACAUGCAUGCAUACCGUGUCCUCAUUCUCCUACCCACCCUAUCAGCCAUGCACCAAGAAAAAAUAAACAAUCCAAUCACCAAAAACACAAUGGAAAAAAGAAAAGUGAAGAGAAGAGAAGAAAAGAAAAGAAGAAGGGGAAGUAACUACAUCCCUGAUCCCAACCCAACUUCAUCUUCCCCUUCUCUUUCCCCACACGCACGCACGAUCAUAAUUCCCUCCCUCUGCGUGGCUCGCAGAUCCAUCUGUACUCCAUACGAAACAUCCUAACACUAAUUCUGAUCAUAGGUAACACCUGCUCACCCCACUACAUCCCCAAACCCAUGUAUGUACGUGCACACCCAAAAAUAGUAAAUAAUCAGGUAGGCACAGUAC